GUUUUCCGCCGGAGCGUUAUAGAUGUGGGAACGGAACGGAGAAAAGAUGUCGGCGGCGGUGGUUCAGAUGUCCUGCCGAUACCGGGGCAUGUUAGCGGUCAGAGCCGCCGGCAUCAGGACGCUCAUCCCCGGGCUGGUCCCGGCGCAGUUCCGAGCCUUCUCGGUGCGGAAGGAACCCGAACUAGAGGAGAACCCGUUCUACAACAAGUACCAGGAGAAGAUCCAGAAGCUGCGCAGUGCCAAGCCCCAGGAGUUCAAGGUUCGACUGGAGAAAAGGCAGGAGGCGAAGAAAGAAGUGCUGGGCCACUCCAAGCAGGCGGAGUUUGUGCGGUUCAUGGAGCAGGAGGCGGAAAAAAAAGGGAAGACGCCCGGCAGCGAUGGAGUAUCGGGAGGUUUUACCAAGAACAAGACGUUAGCUUCCAUCUUGAACCUGGAGAUGAUCGAGGGCAAAACGGGAGACGAGGUGGCAGAGCUUUGGAUGCAGUAUUAUUCUACCAAAGACACAAUCAGUGCCGCCAUCCCAUCAAACAUCUAUGAGGUGAUGUUCAGCAGAUCCAAGUCCUGCCCCAUGUUUCUCUAUGCACUUCCUCGGAAAGAGGGCUAUGAGUUCUUUGUGGCUCAGUGGUCUGGACACGAGCUCCACUUUACUUCCCUCAUCAACGUCCAGACUCUCGGGGAGAACGCGCCGAGUCAGCUCAUCCUCUACCAUUACCCGGAGCUGAAGGACACAAAGCGCGUGGUGCUCAUGACUGCAGAGAUGGACCCCAAGUUUGUAACCGUCCAAGAGGCGCAGUGCUUGGCCAAUCAGGUUCAGCUCUUUUACGGCACGCAGCGGCAGGAGACGUACCGAUUGGUGGAGACCUUCAACCAUCACCCCGCCGACUUCAAACACAUGUCCGUGAUAGCAGAGCUGGAGCAGAGCGGCAUCGGUUCUGCUGCUUCUCCACAGCUCUCCUGAGGGGAGUCGGGACAACGCCAAAGAGUUGGAAAGGUGUCUACCACAGAAACUGAGAGGACUAACAGUGGAAAGUGGAGCUGCUGAAGGAACAAGGAGUUCUGGAAGGACUUAAUGCUACAGUAUCACCAGGACAUUUGGAUGUUUCACUAAGAAAAAGUUACUGUGGUUCAGAUGGAGGCAAAAUCCCCAAAACUGCGUGACUCUAACGAAGAAACUCAAAGUGUUGGUGCCACCACAUUCAUGCCCAUCAACUCAUGUUCAGACCGAUUGAGUUGUUUUUGUCUGCUCAGAACUUUGGUAUUAGAAGAAAAGACUAAUUUAACAGAAACUAUUAAAACAAAAGUCAAAAAGCAGAAUAUUGGGUACAAAAAUGUCUGUGAUUCUGAAGUUCUAUCAAUGUGGAAAAACUUUCCUGUUCCCAAAAAUAAAUGUAUUUAUGCUCUAUUA